AUGUCUUCGUCAAAUAAUUUUACAUCUACUCAUGAAAUUAAUACAUCUAAUAAUUCUAAUAAUAUAACUGAAGAUAAUGUUCAACGUUAUAUAAAUAAAUCUAGAAUUAAAAAUACUGAUGCCUGUACACAAAAAUGGGUUCGAAGUUUACAAGAAUAUCGUAAUAAAAAGAAUAUUUCUUAUGACAUUCAAACACUUAAUGACAAAAAUCAGCUUGAGCAAGAAUUGUGCGAAUUUUUUGCAGAUAUGAAGCGACAAGAUGGAAAACCAUAUAAACCAGAAUCAAUUGUAUCUGCUUAUACCUCACUUCGUCGAUACUUUUUCGAAGUUUCUGCUAUUAAGAAUGUGAAUAUCAAUGAUAGAUUUCAAUUUCCUAUAUUAUAUCGUGUUGUAGAUGGAAAAAUUAUGGAAUUACAAGAUCAAGGGCUAGGUAAAAUUGAUCAGUCAAAAGGUUUAACUGCAGAAGAAAUUCGCCAGAUUUUGUUAUAUCUUGAAUCUGGUGAACAAACGGCAUUAAAACUUACUUGGAAAGCUUUUUUCUGGAAUGCAUACUUACUGGGACUUCGCGGUGGUGAUCAUUAUCGACUUUUAUUAAGUUGUUUUAAUUUUCAACAAGAUGGAAGUUUGAUUUUUAUAAUCGGGCGUGAGAAAAACAAUCAAGGUGGAUUAAAAGGUCGAAACAAAUAUGGAAGAUUUACUAGCCGUCAAAUUCAUAUUCCUGCUGAUCAACUUAAUAAUAAAUUUAAGCCGAUUCAAGAUCUUCGUAAUUAUGUUAAUUUACGUCUAUCAGAUGCAUGCGAAUAUUUUUACUUGCAAUUAACAAGGAAUGCUCAAGAAAUUAAUAAUGGAAACUGGUUUGAAUCUCCAAUUGUACAACAAGGAGAAUCUCAACAAGAGGAGUCUCAAGUUAUGCAACAAGAAGAAUCUCAAGUUAUGCAACAAAAAGAAUCUCAAGUUAUGCAACAAGAGGAAUCUCAAAUUAUGCGGCAAGAGAAUUUUCAAGUUAUACAACCAGAUGAAUCUCAAGCCAUACAAUAUAAAGAGUCUCAAGUUAUGCAACAUGAAGUUCAAAUUACACAACAUAAAACAUUUCAAACUACACAACAAGUUACGCAAGAUACUUCUUCGGUCAUGCAACACGAAUUUAAUUCUACUGCUACACAAGUUUCACAUCAAAUUACUCACAAAAAAAAACCAAAGCUUACACGUGAAGAAAUUCAAGCGAAGUUGAACAAGCCAUUUCGAAUUCCAUUCAAAAAUAUUCAAGACCAAACCCAACAUAUUGAAAUAACUGAAGAUCAAACUCCUUUCAAUAAU